AUGUCUUUUGAAACAUUUGCUCAUCUAUUUGCCGGCGCUCUUGGCGGUUCCAUCGGUGCCGUGGUCACAUGUCCGCUUGAGGUCAUCAAAACGCGUCUGCAGUCCUCGGUCGCCACCUUCGGCCACAAAGUACAGCUGUCCCCGAAUCAGCAUGCCAUCCCCGCGGCGGAGCUGACGCGCAUCAAGAGCAACCUCACCAUCUGGCGAUGCGUCCAACAUAUCAUCCAGUCGGAGGGGCCGAAGGGCCUCUUCAAGGGCCUGGCGCCUAAUCUCAUCGGCGUCGCUCCCUCUAGGGCAGUCUACUUUUGCACGUACUCGCAGGUCAAGUCGGCGUGCAACAGCAAGGUGGCCCACCCCAACACUCCAUAUGUUCACAUGGUCUCGGCGGCGAGCGCCGGCUUCGUCUCCAGCACCUUCACCAAUCCCAUCUGGUUCGUCAAGACGAGGAUGCAACUCGAUGAGAGCUUCAAAGGCACCAGCGCGUGGAGCUGCAUUCGCAGUAUUUACCAGACGAGCGGCGUGGCGGGCUUCUACAAGGGCAUCACCGCCAGCUACUACGGCAUCGUCGAGACGAUGAUUCACUUUGUCGUGUACGAGUUCUUCAAAGAGAAGCUGGCGGAAAUUCAGGAUAACGGUGCAAACAACAACAACAAGACACGGCUCAACAUUUUCCACUACAUGGCAGCGGCGGCCGCCUCGAAAUCAUUUGCCUCUCUCAUUGCCUACCCUCAUGAGGUUGCCCGAACGCGGCUUCGCGAGGAGGGCCACAAGUAUCGAAGCUUCUUUCAGACCAUCUUUCUCGUCUACCGCGAGGAGGGCAUCCGCAAUGGCCUCUAUCGCGGCCUGGUCACGCAAUUACUACGCCAAAUUCCCAACACGGCCAUCAUGAUGGGCACGUACGAGGUGAUGGCCCACGUGCUGACGAACCUGCCCGAGCGCACACCAAUGGAGCAGCAAAUCUAG